AGCGGCCAUUUUGAAGCGGACCACAAAUCGCGGCGUUGCCACGCCGAGCGCCGCGUCAGUCGCCCGGCGCUCGCCCGUUCGUAAACACGGCGUUUAUUUGUUACAUUUUAGGCGUUCAACAUAAUGACAAUGCAACUGGAAUACGACCCAGAAAAUCUGAUAGCAGAGGUGAAGAAGAGACCAGGGAUAUGGAACUUCGAACACCCAGAUUACCGCGAUAAACACCUACGUCACGAGUUAUGGCUUGAAAUCGUUCGAGAAUUGAUGGAUCCAGAUAUGAAGGUGUCUAAAAGCGAGACAAGAGAACUAGAACUGCAAAUCCAGAAGAAAUGGAAGAGCAUCAGAGAUUGCUUCCAAAAGUACAUCUCGAACCCAGGCCGGACUAGAAGACCUUACAUUUACAAUAAACAACUGCAGUUCCUUUUGAAGUCCGAAGAUUCACAAGACAGAGAUUUCGAUUUGGGAUCCGAGGAUAGCAAUUCAAGGCCCCAGAAGAAAGUGUGGAGAACUAAAAAGAGAUUAAAGUUAAUGAAUCCAGAACAUCAAAGUUCGGAAGACGAUAAUGACAACGAGGAAAGUCAAGAAGUAUAUGUAGAAUAUUCUAAUGACGCCGACAACGUUGAGGUUCCAGCGAAAAUACCACGAACCAGUAAUACACACAGUGAUUUUGCUUUUGCUAAUGUCGAGGUCAAUAAAAACGACGACGAUCCAGACAAAUUAUUCCUACUGUCUCUAUUACCACAUAUGAAAUCUAUUCCGGAAGAAUUUCGUCUGAAUGUUAAAAUGGAUUUGAUGCAAGUGCUGCGGAACGCGAAUUAUAUGAGUACGAGAGAACAUAAAUUGUUAUAAUUUGUAUCGAGUUAGUGACGGUAAUUAAGUAAAGCGCUAAUUAGAAUUAAUUUGAUUUCAUGCCAAAACGGAUGGCACGCAAGCCGACAAGAUUUAUUAGUGUGUAAGUUUCAUUCCAUUAAAGUGUUAAACUUUUA